AGGGCGCAGCGCGGGUUCAUUAUGUUUAUCAUUAGCACUGAAGCUGGACGGAGCGGUGAUGGUUUAGCGCAGCGGUCAGCCGCGGCCGAGCGUGGGAUGUUACGCUGGACGGUGCACCUGGAGGGCGGCCCGCGGAGGGUCAACCACGCGGCGGUGGCGGUCGGACACAAGGUGUACUCGUUCGGGGGAUACUGCUCCGGAGAAGACUACGAGACCCUGAGACAGAUCGACGUGCACGUCUUCAACACCGAGUCUCUGCGCUGGACGAAGCUGCCGCCGGUGCGCACCGGAGGAAGGGAGCACGCUCGGGAGGUGCCCUACAUGCGCUACGGACACACGGCGGUGCUGGUGGAGGAGACGGUGCUGAUCUGGGGCGGCCGGAACGACACCGAGGGCGCGUGUAACGUGCUGUACGCCUUUGAUGUCACCCAGCACCGCUGGUUCACUCCCAAGAUCUCUGGGAUGGUCCCAGGUGCCAGAGACGGACACUCAGCCUGUGUUCUGGGAAAGGCCAUGUACAUCUUCGGCGGAUAUGAGCAGCUGGCCGACUGCUUCUCCAAUGAGAUUCACAAGCUAGACACCAGCAGCAUGUGCUGGUCACUAGUGAGCGUUCGGGGCACUCCGGCUCGAUGGAGAGACUUCCACUCUGCUACUGCGGAUCGAUUCGGCCCCUUCCACUCCAACAAUGAGAUCUACUGCAAUAAAAUCAAGAUCUUUGACACGGAGACAAACUGCUGGCUAAACACGGCGUCUGCGCAGCUGCUGCCUGAGGGACGCAGGAGCCAUUCUGCCUUUGCUUACAAUGGAGAAUUGUACAUAUUUGGUGGUUAUAAUGCUCGUCUGGAUCGACACUUCAAUGACCUCUGGAAGUUCAAUCCAGAGGCGUUCUCCUGGAAGAAGCUGGAGCCGAAGGGCAAAGGCCCGUGUCCCAGACGGAGACAGUGCUGCUGCAUGCUGGGAGAUCGCAUCGUCCUCUUCGGAGGAACCAGUCCGUGUCCGGAGCAGGGGAUGGGCGACGAGUUCAACCUCAUGGACCAUUCGGACCUGUACCUCCUGGACUUCAGUCCUAAUCUGAAGACUUUAUGCAAGCUAGCAGUUAUUCAGUACAGUCUGGAGCAGUCUGGACUCCCUCAUGACAUCAGGUGGGAGCUGACAGCCAUGACCACCAACAGUAACAUCAGCCGGCCCAUAUUCUCCUCCCACGGCUGACGGCGCGUCAGAACCAGCGCCAGAACUCUUUCAGGACGUCCCGCUCCACAGAUGAUCCGGAUUGAAGCUUCUCGAUUGGAGAGGUCUUUCCCUGCCGGGCUUUGGCGCGGACGAGCAGCGCUUUGCUAGUCUGAUUUUGCCACUGUUGAACUUGAUUCCUGCUGAGGAGAAACAGACGUUCACACUCUUAAAUCAGUCCAAUUAUUCAUCAGUGUUACAGUGUUUUAAUGAGGUUUUGGAGUGAAAUGAAGAUCAUUCAGCCUGUAAUCUGUCAGUUCUCUGCUUGUGUGUUCAGAUCGCUCCGUCGGGUUUAUAUGCAAGACUCUGUUAGGGUUACACACGUGCUCUUACAUAUCGAACGCAGAGAUGAUGUUCCGAGAAGAGGAGACGUGUCUUGAGUUCCUCUUCUUCUAACUCGACUGGUUUUCUGUUUACCCACAGUGCUUCUGACAAUAAAACCUGACUCAACAAUCAAUAGAAAUGGAGAUAUUCCCUCUGCAUGCGUUGUCCUGUUAAAUCACAUUCAGCAGAUCUGCUGGCUGACAGUAAAUACUCUCUGUCUUCAGACUGUCUUAGAGUUCAAAGAGUGGUAAUGAUGUUGUAAGCUUUUCAUAAGGUCACACCGAAAGAUGUUUGACAUCGGAGCGAAUCAACACCGAUCAAAUAACCUGCCUCUGGUGUUUUCCAACAAACGCAGCCGAAUCAUGUUGAGUUUCUCCAGGUUCACAUCUUUCACACACAGUCUGGAUUGCCAGAGAUGUAUUAAAAAUUAUCCAUUACUGCAGUUUUUUAGCAUCGCUUUAUAUUUCAUCUGAAUCUUUACUGAUCUGCAGAAUAUUGAUAGUUACUGAGGUGAAGCUCAUGUAGACGUCAGUAUUCGUGAGUCUGCCGGGUGACCAUGGCCUUUAUUUGAGUCCUGCGUCUCGUCCAGUGCCUGAUUUAUUGUUCAGAGCGUCAGAAGGUCUGGAAUCAAAGUGCUCAAAGUCUUUUGGGUUUUAAAGGCCUCUGGUCCAGAUGGAUUUGAAGCGUUUUAUUUGCGAUUGUGUCUGAAUAUCUGACAUUGAACUGUCAUAAUGAAGAUUGUGCAAAUGUACCGCAUCAGAAAAUUCAACCGUCCUCAAUCGUUUUCCCUCAUUAUAAACCAUGAUUUGAAUAAACGGUCUCAAAAUGAAACCAGGUGAAGCUGAAGUCUUUGUUUGGAUCAAAUGUGUUUUCGUGCGGAUCUGUAGCUCAUGCAGACGGAUGGUCAGGAGAAGAAAGAGGUGAUGGUUUAGUGAUGUCUCUGUGAUGCUGUCAUGGUCUAACAGACACGUGCUAAUAUAGUCAUGUUGUCUAUGUAGUGAACGAGAGGAAGAGACUAUCGUGUAUGUUCUGAGUGGCCAAGUACUUCUCUGGAUUAGUGUAAAUGCUGGGGUUCUGAGGCGCUUUGAAUCGUGUUGGGCUGCUGGUGUGUGAAGGAACCGACACUGAGCUGCAGACGUGAUUCCUGCAUGCUGGAUCAAUCUUUUCCACGACUUACUCGACUUGUAAAUGCGUUUUUAGUGGGAUCUUGAACUUCCUGAACAAUAAAACUGACGAUAAUUUUGCUUAUUGUCUGCUUAAAUGUACCGUGUGAAGUGUUGUGUGUGUGAUAUAAAAAGCACAUUGAGAACUGUUUCCUGAAGACAAAUUUGAGAAGACGUGAUUAAAUAAAAAAAUAUUUUUAAAUGAA